AUGGCUAAAGUCAUUUUCACAGCAUGGAAGAAUAAGUCGCAGUUGGCGGAGGUGCGGAGCGAGUUCUAUCCAUCGCCGUCUUAUGAUGGCCCAGAUAUGCGCAGUCAUGCUUGCGCGGUGGUGGAAGCUUGGAAACUUCGUGGCAAUGUCCCGCAUCACGUUGAGGCGACAGCCCUUCUGACGGACGCUAUUCUCCACGAUAAUGCGCAGAUGAAUUCGAUAUUCUCUAUUCGAGCUACCUACUCUGCUGCGUUCUGCCGGUUCGUUACUGGCCUCGUCGACUCCAAGGUCCAAGGCCCACGCAAGACUAUGUUUCAGCGCGCUAUGGAUCUGGGUUUACCCGCGUCGUUUGUUGAGUUGCGUCACGAAGCGACUCACCGGGAACCGCCAUCCUUGGUCGUCCUUCGCAAGGCUUCUCAGCGCUCUCUUGAGUGGCUCUGGGAUAACUACUGGGCCGAGAUCGACGAUCUGGGCGCCGUAUCUAACGUUGAUCGUGGCGAUAGCGCGUCCGUUCAGAGUGCGCUUACUCGCGUUUUGCGGGAAUUCUCCACUGGCUCUAGGUCAACGGAGCAACCGAAGAAGCGGAAGCGGGAUCAGGAGAUCUCUGUUUCGACUGAUCUAAUUUCGAUCUGUGGCGAGUCGAACGAGGCUGUGAGGUUGCUACCUACUGUCCUCUUAGAUGAGUACUUGCUGGUUGGUUCUGAGCGAAAAAUCGGAGAGUCUAUGAAUGGUCACUUUGAAAAGUGGGAUCCUGUCUUGCAGAAGAUCACUGAACAUCAUCACUCGCUCUUGAUGUACCUAUCGGAGGAGCUAGUACACAAGCUUGUUUUCGAUGCUUCAAGGCAAUCCCCUCGAGACGGGGUCGCCGAGGCGUACUUCCUCUGGUUGACUCAUUUGUUGACUUCAUCUUCCUGGGAAUCUCAGCAGCCAUACUGCUCUCGCAAUUACAUUCUCAGUGCAUGCGAUGAAAACCCGAACUACUGGGCUAAGAUGUUGAGCGAUAGGUUACGCGAGCAUGGCGGUGUGCGGAAGAACAAGCCUUCUUCUCAGAAAAGCUCUCAGGGCCCUUCUGUUAAGAAAAUUGCUUCGCAGAACAGUGAUCGCCCUGUGCUGUCUGGUGUUGAUGAGACGCUGCUUGCGCAUGGAUGGGGGCCUGUUGAGAAGUGGGACAGUCGGCCUCUGGGUGUUGCCUCGGCUCACUAG